AUGGCUCCGACCGACAAGAGGGUUUAUCUGGACGAGGACCAGCUCAAGGUCCCGGGGUGCGCGUUCGUGCUCCUCAGUUUCGUGUCCCCCGAGAGCAAUCAGAAAUCCGAAAAAUUUGGCCUAAAGGUCAGGGGUGCGUUCGCGACUCGAGAGGAGGCGGAGGCGCACGUGGAGCGCUUGAUGAGGAUCGACCCCAAUUUCGACGUCUUCGUCGCCGACUGCUACCGGUGGCUGUUGUGCCCACCCAAGCCGGAUGACAUCUCGGACGAGGUCUACAUCGAUAGGUACCUGGACAGGCUCAUCCAGACUCACAAGCAAGAGCAGCUGAAGGCCAAGGAGGCCUUUGAGGAGCACAAGCGUGAGAUGAUGUCGGCACCCAAGGGCCGGGAAGAGACCGAAAAGCCCAAGUCGUGGAGCGACAUAGUCGAUGAGGAAACGGAGGCGACGCCAUCCGACCUGCUGAAAGAGUUAGAGCGCGGAAUGCUCCUGGGGGUCAUCUUGAUCCUCGCCGGUGUGCUGAUAUACGGCAUGAAGACCAUGCAGAACAGGACAGUUCCCGACGCCGUAGAAGAAGACCUUCCCCGCACGCCAAAGUCGGGCUUGGAUCCUUCCCUGGCGGCUCUCGACGCCGCCAGCGCCGCCAUGGUCGCCGCUAAGGCGGCUCGCCCGAAGAUCGUCGUGAAAUAUCUGCCCACCCUAGAUGACCAAUUCGUGGACAUCAAGAAGAGGCCCCUCCUCUCUAGCUACGUGUUGGGAGACAUGUUCGACAUCGCUUCCGUGCACCCGACCACCCCGGACAUCGGCAUCGGAGAGGUGGCGACUUUCAAGGGUCUCGUCGCGAAACCCGCUGCGACGUCCGAGUAA